UUCUCAGCUCUGUGAUUUGUUUUCUUUCUUCUUUUCUGCGCAGCACCUGAUGUUUAGCUCCGUAACAGUAUGGGAAGUAACCAAGUAAACAGAUGGGUUGAGCCAGAAAUUCUUCAAUUUGGAGCCAUUGGCAUGGAAACAGUGAAAUGUCACGCCAAUCUUUCAAGCAAGUCGUAAACUAUCCAGUUAGACACAUUGCGAUUAAAGUUCGUGCUUUUACUAAAUGAAAUAUUUUGAGCAUCGCGGGAACAAUAACACGUCUGUUCUCUUCAUUGCACCCAUCAUCCAUCUUUUUUCUUCGUUGAAGGAGCUGCUAAUGAGUGUUUAAGUUGACGGGGUUCCACCACGGCCACUCUCCUAGUUGCCUCCUCCCCUCUCCCUCGCUCCUUGCACAUUUUGCGCACGAUCAAAGCACCGCAGUCUCCGAAGAAAAUUCAGGCUCGAGAUCGCAGCCCGUCACGCUUUUUGCAACUUUUGCGCCAGACCUUGGAUGGCACCGUGCGACUGAAGGCCGCCUGUUGUGUGUUUUUCUCACGCAGCCAUGAAGAGUCCAGGGCACAUUUUGAUCUCUGACUUGUUCAUGCUUAUUCUUGCGGCACACUCUUUUGCGCAAAACGCACCAGAGUGUUUCCCAGGAGGCCAUCGCACACUGCGAAACCCCUACCGGAGCGUCGACUUUGACUCCACUGAGAUCCAGAAUACAGCCAUUCAGGAGCUGGUUUGUGACCACUCGCUGGCACCGGGCUGGUACCGAUUCAAGAUCGACAACAAGCCGGCUGAGAUGCCGACCACCUGCAUAGAGAUGAAUCGUUGCGGGACGCAGGCACCCGUGUGGCUCUCACUGAAGGGCAAAUCCUUACCUAGGCCUGGCGAGGUGCUCCAGUUGUCUGCCUGUGCCACCUGGCAGUUCUUUCAUGGCAGCACCAAAGACUGCUGCCUCUUCCGCAUCCCCAUCACGAUUCGCAACUGUGGCAACUUCUUGCUCUACUAUCUGCAGCCCACUCAAGGAUGCAUGGGAUACUGCGCGCAAGUUGCUCCAACUUUGGCACCUGGAUUCUGCCCACCGGGUGAGGUGGAGGUCAACGGUCGGUGCAAAGCCGCGCUCCCGUCGUUGCCAUCUCGGCCCAUCAUCAACUCAGAGCUAAUCGGCCACAGCAUCUAUUUGAAGUGCUCCUUCAUCCCGCCGGCAUCCAGUCACCUGCUCGGCUUCCAUGUGGUUUGGGCACGGCACGUCGACUACAGCAUGAAGGCCGAAAUCCACCAAGAGUCUACAUUGAAGACCUUCUCGCUGCUGGAGAUAGACGGCGUUCACUUCAGACUAGGAGAGACGUUCUCGUGCAGCGUGUCCGCAUUCCGAGUCAAUGUCAACCACAGUCGAUCUUCUGCUCGGAAGAGUGAGGCCUUCUACGCUGGGCUGAAGUUUUCUGUGGAGUCGCUCCACAUAGCGGAGAAUGGCGAGGAGCAUGAGGUCAGAAUCCACAGCACUGUGCCUCUCCCCUGCUACGACUUCAACCGGUGCGGAGUCCCCCUGGUGUUGAGUGUGCACGAACCAGAUGGCCUUGGACACGAGGUCUCCAAUGUGGCGCUGUCUGCCUGCCAGGUGCAGCUCCGUCCGACCGCCUGUAGUGAGGGAAGCUGCGGCCAGGCGUCAUUCUUCAUCACCGCCGUCACUGACUUCAUGCGCGAUGGAAACAGGAUCAGUUUGAUCAGCGUCCUGCCUGAACACAGCACAUCGCGCGUGUGGAGUAGCUACAUUCCAACAUCACUGAAAGUCACAGUUCAGGAUGUUCCCACCUCUAUCUGCUACUCACUGACAGACCCACAUGUCAUUACGCUGGAUGGCAGGCACUAUGACAACCACCAGACCGGUACGUUUGUGCUGUACCGGAGCCUCGCCAGGGACUUUGAGGUCCACACCCGGCAUUGGGACUGCGGCAGCCGACAUUACGCCGUGGCUUGCAGCUGUGGCAUUGCGGCGCGAGAGGAUAAUGAUGUGGCCAUCGUUGACAUGUGCAAUGGCCAACAGCAGGAAACAAGGCCAAAGCUGACUGUGAAAGGCCUCGGCGGAGAGCACAACGGUAGCCGCCGUGUCCGUGUUUUGGAAUCUCAUCAUGGGAAGAAGGUCACUAUAAUCUUUCCCUCUGGGGCCUUUGUCCGAGCCGAUGUUGACGACUGGGGGAUGAGCUUGUCUGUCCGGGCACCAAGUGUUGACUACGGCAAGACGCAAGGCCUCUGUGGUACCUUUGAUCGCAAUAGCAACAAUGACAUCCAUGGUUACAAAGGCGUCCAUGGUGACUUGCAUGCAUUCAUAGAGGACUGGAGGAUAGCUCCUGGUGAGAGCUUAUUCGAUAAAACGCCCCCAGGUUCGAGACAAGAAGAAAUGAGACCCUUCUGUCACUGCCAGAAAGGAUACAGUUCUCUUUCCUCCUCCGAUGAAGGAGUCAGGCAUAUGUCUGGUCUCCUCACUCACUCUGACUGCAUUGCACAGGAAAAUGUGGAUUAUACUACUCUGUUUUCCUCACUGGAUACGACAUUGGAAUAUGUCAAGGGUCUCCAAAGAAAGGGAAUAAAUCUGAACGUGUCCUCCAGUCAGCCCUUGGAGGGGAGGGCCCAUCAUUUCAGUGUGCACAAUGAUGAAGAAUUCAGAGAUGACCAUUCGCGAUCUGAUGACAGACUCAUGAGACAGACAAUGUUCAAGUUCCAGUCGGCCUCUCAAAGCAUCAGGCAGGCUGACCUGGAGCACCUUGCCUACUUCUUCCCCGAGGAUCACCUCGUAAAAGCGCGACUACAAGUCCAACCUCGGUGGCCCACACCAAGUGGCCUGACCUCUGGCAAAGCACUGGACGUGUGCCACACAGCUUUGUCCAAUUCCACAAUUGGCACCGUGUGCCGUGAGCUGCUGGGACGUCGCCUUGAAGAGGCUGUGAAUCUCUGCAUCCUGGACCUACAAUUAAAAGAUGACCUGGGCUGGGAUGAGGCAAUGCUACCCUACCUAGCAAACGAGUGUGAGCGGAGGCUGCUGGAAAACAGGGCCCAAAGAAACCACGGAGUGCUGGGUCACCCAGAGGAGGUGGUGACAGCACUGCGCUGCCCCAAUUUCUGCAGCGGCAAUGGAGAGUGCACAGAAUUUGGCUGCCUGUGUCACCGAAGCUUCAGUUCAUAUGACUGCAGCGUGACCAUCGGCCAGCCAGUAGAGCUAAUUGGUCUGGAAAACGGCGGCCUAUGUGACCUCAGAACAUUUGACUGCCGGAAAGUACGGGUCUUCGGUCGGGGCUUUAUCGAGUCACCUGACCUGAGCUGCCAUGCCACCAGACUGAAGUAUAUGAAUGGCGUUUGGCUUCCAGGCGAAAAACAGAGAACAAGAGCCACUUUCCUCAGCUCCAAAGCAUUGGACUGUGGCGUCCCCUCAUUGAGCAGUGAAGCCAUCAGCACAGAAGACUUUAUGAUGGAUGACAAACCGUAUGCACGUUGGGAGAUUAGGGUGACCAACGAUGGCUCGCAUUACAGUUUAGCCAAAGUACUGACAAUAUAUGACGGCAGUUGUCAGGUGUGCACAGAAUCUCGCUCAGGAAUCUGUAAAUUAAAGGACCGGACGUGUAACAUUGACGGAAUGUGCUUUGCAGAAGGAGACACAAAUCCAGGAAGUCUAUGCCUGCUCUGCGACCCGGACACCUCCAAAUUUACCUGGUCGCUCAACCAAGUCAACCAGCCGCCCACCUUCCAUCAACCUCAGGGCGAGCUCCGUACAUUUGCCGGAGAAAACUUUGUCUUCCAGUUCGCCGCAUCAGACCCAGAAGGUUCAGCCCUGCUCUUUCAGCUGGUCACCGGACCAAAGGGUGCCAUCCUCUCACCUGCUGGGCUCCUUAUUUGGAGGGUCCCAUCACCUCCCGAUGAUGAGUGGAUUCAGUCAACCUUUCACUUCACGCUAUCAGAUGAGUGCAAUGCCCAAAGCACUUUCAAGGUUCAGAUCCAUGUGGUGCCAUGCGGAUGUCAGAACAGCGGCACAUGUGAGACUGAUUUCACUUACCCUGCUGGCAGUGGAAAGUACCUGUGUGUAUGUCCUGACGGGAAAGAGGGCGACCUCUGCCAUGAAGAUGUAGACAAAUGUUUGUCCGCACCUUGUGCAGAAGGAACAUGCAUUAACACUGGUGGUGGAUUCAGAUGCAACUGUCCUGAAGGGCUGACAGGUGCAACAUGCCAGGAAGAUAUAGACGAGUGUAAGCGGACACCAUGUUUCCCAGGAGUCCACUGUCUUAACAGUCAUGGUUCCUACAACUGUGGUCCUUGUCCCCAAGGCAUGCCGGGAAAUGGCACAAAAUGUCCUGUGUACAUGAAGCCAACCACCGUCCCACCCACAUUGGCUCCAGGAACGACUGUCCCCAAGGUUAAAGAAGUUCGGAUGCAGAGCGCAACUGCAAUUCCCCCAAGAAUCCAAGUUGCCAAGAUCAUGCCAAGAGCGGAACCCUUUGGACUGCCAGAGUCCCCACCCACAGCAUGGACGAGAAUUAGCUUGAGCUCUGUCCUGCAGAUUCAUACAACCAGCAGCACUUCCAAGAAUACAACCGGGAUAGCACCUGACCCAGUCAAGGCUGGUCCGUCUCAAAACAGCACCACUAAUGAGAAGAAAACCAAUGUGAUGCAGAACUCAGGAAAACCAGCUGCAGCAACGUGCACCAGCAGGCCUUGCUUCCCUGGGGUCCUAUGUAUCAACAGGAGGCCGCCGCAUGUCGGCUACGUUUGUGGUCGCUGCCCACCCGGCCUUCACGGCAAUGGGCGGAUCUGUAUGAAGAGUGGCAAGGCUGCACCCAAUCACCUUUCACUUGAGCAGAAAGUAGGCCCAAAGAGUCGAUCCUCGCACAUUAGCAGCAAGGUGUCCAGCCCUCACUUACCCUCCCUACCUUCCAGAGACGGCACCAAACGCUUAUCUGUCACUAGAGAUGCCACAUUACGUCGAGCUUCACCUUUAAGGAGGGGAGGUGGUACCGGAAGGCGGCAGGUGGACACUGUUGAUGUUGUUCGAUCAACGAUGAGUGCUCUUUCUACUGCUGCCAUCUACAGAGACAACGCGACACCCUCCAAGGGGGUUGUGGUGCCCCGUGUGACAGACCCAAAACCGCCUGAACAAGCCGCACCCUACAAAGUAACUCCAGCAUCUCCUCGCAUAAUCACUCAGCCUGGCCUUGUGGCAAAACCCAGACAGACAAAACCUCCACUUCUCAACUACUUUGAGUCCAGGCCUUGGACAAGACCUGCACGGCCUCUUGAAGUUUUGUCUGACUCCCUGCCCGAGUCCGAGUUAUCUGCAGACAGGGAAGAGGCCGUAUUGACCCUGACGACACCCCGUCAUACCCCACCUCUCCAGAGCACAUCUUCUAUCCAAGCGCGGAUCAGUAGUCAUGUGACGGAAAAGGAACACAUCCUGCCAUGCGCUGAUCAGCCAUGUUUUCCUGGUGUCCAGUGCGAUACAGCGUUGGACGGCAGUUCCCGCUGUGGCCGCUGUCCUGCUGGUUUCACCGGUGAUGGAAGGAUGUGUCGAGCUGUUUGCAAGCACACGUGCGGACGGAACAUGGAGUGCGCUGCUCCCAAUGUGUGUCUCUGCAAGGCAGGUUACUCUGGUUCAGACUGUCAAACUGCAAUUUGUGAACCGGAGUGUUUGAAUGGCGGGGCAUGUAUCGCUCCAGGGAUUUGUCAGUGUCCCACAGGCUUUCAUGGAGAGACUUGUCAGGAAGCUGUGUGCAGGUUGCCGUGUGAAAACGGAGGCACAUGCACAGGAUUGCAGACAUGCUCAUGUCCUUAUGGUUUUGUUGGGCCGCGAUGUGAGACCAUGGUUUGCAGCCACCACUGUCACAACAGUGGCCGGUGUGUCUCGCCAGAUGAGUGCAAGUGUCAGCCUGGUUGGAGUGGACCUUCCUGUGAAACUGCACUUUGCUCUCCAGUCUGCCUGAAUGGAGGUUUGUGCAUUCGGCCCGACAUCUGCGAGUGUCCUCUGGGUUUCUACGGUGCCCAUUGUCAAAAUGCCAUCUGCACACCACCUUGCAAGAAUGGUGGUCUGUGCAUGAGGAAUAACGUCUGCUCGUGCCUGCAGGGAUACACCGGCACACGCUGUGAACAAAGCGUGUGCGAGCACAUGUGCAUAAAUGGCGGCCGUUGCGUUGGUCCCAAUGUUUGUGACUGUCCAUCAGGUUGGCGAGGAAAGAGAUGUGACAAACCCAGUUGCGAGCAACAGUGCCUGAAUGGGGCUGAGUGCGUCGGACCAAACACCUGCCACUGCACACCGGGCUGGGGUGGAAUGUUGUGCCACAUCCCUCAAUGUCAACAAAAGUGUUUGUACGGAAGCCGCUGUGUGAGGCCCAACGUGUGCGCAUGUCGUAGCAGAUUCUCAGGUGCUCUUUGCUCAAGGAAGCUGUCCAUCUAGAUUAUGAGUCAAGUUUGUGGUGAUUCUGAGGUCUCCGCUAAUCUUCUUCAUCCUCGAAGCCAAUAUAUGAAGAAAAAUGAUCUAUGCUUCCGGGAGAGGGCUCCAUCCCAAGAAGGCAGCUAUCUCUUUGCUAGCAUGAUGUUGUGUAAUGCCCACCUAAAGUUGAUACCAUUUUGCCAACAUCACUUUUUUUUCCUGUUAUAUUUAAUUUAAAAGGGUCAGUAACAUUUAAUUGUUAAACUCAUCUUUCCAUGGAUUUAUUUGUUGUUGUGUACAGUAUAUAUCUUUACCCAGUAGAAUUUAUGAUGUCAUUGUGUAAUGCUUGUUUUAGAAAAAUACAAAUAAAGAAAUAAUAUAAUAUAUUUGUUUCCACCAUGAGAGACACAUAAUAUUAUAAUAUGGGUGGGGUGGAAGGACACGGCUCUUUAUUAUUUUGAGUAUUUUACAUUUCCUG